AGCUCCUCUCCUGAAACCACCACCACCGGAGGGGAGGGCAGAGCACGCACCCACACCCACACCACACCGCACCGCACGCCCUUUGGAUGCGGCUGACCCUCUCCGGCCCGGCUGACCCACCUCCACCCGCGCUCCUCUUCCGUCCCCGACUCGGACACGCGCUCAACCUCUUCUCUUCCCAAACCCCCCUCUCCCUUUAUAUACCCACCACCCCACAUCUCCCCCUCUCAUCUCGCCACCAGUAAAAGCAGCGAGCCAUCCCACCUCCGCCGCCUGCCGUCUCCGGCGCUUUCUUGGACGUACAAGCAAGGAAUCAACCAGAACCAGCCAUGUGCCCCGGGGCGGCGGCGGCGGCGGCGGCGGAGUCGGACAAGAGCGUGUGCGUGAUGGACGCCUCUGGCCCGCUGGGCCACGCGCUCGUGCACCGCCUCCUCCGCCGGGGCUACACCGUGCACGCCGCCACCUACGACCACUCGCUCGACGAGGAGGCGGGGCUGCUCGCCGCCGCAGGACACGACGAGGACCGGCUCAAGCUCUUCCGCGCCGACCCCUUCGACUACCACACCAUCGCCGACGCCGUCCGCGGCUGCUCCGGCCUCUUCUGCAUGUUCAACACCCACGACGACCAGGCCGGCUGCGACGAGGUGAUGGUGGAGGUGGAGGUCCGGGCGGCGCAGAACGUGCUGGAGGCGUGCGCGCAGACGGUGACCAUGGAGAGGGUGGUCUUCACCUCCUCCGUCACCGCCGUCGUAUGGAAGGACGACCACAAGCCCGUCGACGCCUUCGACGAGAGGAACUGGAGCGACCUCAAUCUCUGCAGGAAACGCAAGCUGUGGCAUGCGCUGGCCAAGACGCUGUCGGAGAAGACGGCCUGGGCCUUGGCCAUGGACAGAGGGGUGGACAUGGUGGCCAUCAACGCCGGCCUGCUCACGGGGCCGGGGCUCUCCUCCGCCCACCCCUGCCUCAAGGGGGUCCCGGAGAUGUACGAGCACGGCGUCCUCGUCACCGUCGACGCAGACUUCCUCGCCGACGCACACGUGGCCGCCUACGAGUGCCCCACGGCCUUCGGCCGCUACCUCUGCUUCAACAACGUCGUGUGCCGGCCCGAGGACGCCCUCCAGUUCGCCCAGAUGCUCGCCCCGUCCGCUCCAUGCUACCCUCCAAGUGACGAGCUGAAGGUGAUCCCGCAGAGGAUUCAGAACAAGAAGCUGAACAACCUGAUGGUGGAGUUUGCCAGCGCCAUAUACGGGGACUUGGAUUAGAGGAUUCAAUAGUUCACUGAUUUUACAUCACACGAGGGGCAGCUAGGGUUGUAUUCUUUAUGUACCUAAAUAUCUGUAUUCUUUUUUCUCCUGAGAAGGGAAAUAUGGUUGGUCAGAUGUACAAAUCUGUACAAGGCCGGCCAGGCAUGCCACAUGUAUUCCACUCUUACCAGGCUGGUAAGAGCAUUUGAGCGAGUGCUUAGCAAGGUAGUGGUAAUCCUUAGGUCCAAACACAAGGGAAAAUAAGUGUCAGUCUGCAGCAGUUAUGCUACUGCCUUGUACAGCAGUAUAUGAAUGAAUGUGAUGAACAAAUGUUGAAAGCUUA